AUGGGUGCUCUCAUGCUUCUCAAGAACCUCACCCUCCUCUUUCUCCUCAUUUCUGGAUCAUUUCUGUCAACAUCUUUUGCAGCAAGACGAUCCAAGACUAUCAAGAACUUCACUAAAGAUGUGAAUGCAAUUCAAGAGGGAACACCAAGGAAGCCACUGAACAAGGAAGAAGUAAGAAGCAUCGAAGAGAGGCUUCUUAGGGCGAACACAAAAGACUAUGGACGAUAUGAUCCAUCACCAUCUCUUUCAAAGCCUCCUUUCAAGCUCAUACCAAAUUAA